AUGCAGCUCUUUGUGGAGACACUGUCGGGCUCCCCGCUCACGCUGAGCGUGGCGGCGGACGCCUCUGUUGCAUCGGUCAUGCAGGCGGUCGAGGACGUGGAGUACAUCCCGGACUUCCGACUGGUCUGCGCCGGCAAGCAGCUGACAAGCGGCUCGCUUGCUGACUACGCGGUCGGCGAGUGCGACACGCUCAAGAUGCUGCUGUCUGUGCCCGGCGGCAUGCGCGCCAAGUGGCGCAAGAAACGCAUGCGUCGUCUGCGUCGCAAACGCCGAAAAAUGCGUCAGCGCGCCAGAUAA